GUCUUUUUGAGUUCGUACCGAUGGCGAAGUUGACUAGUUGGCGCUUGGAUGUUUGUGUUCGUACCUGCGACUUAAUGGAUAUUUAAAAGGACACUUACGCAUUUUAAAAGCGCCGUUUGUGGAUUAACACAACGCUAGAUUGCCUAUUAGAUGCAGUGGGCCGGUAUGAAUCGUCUUUGUCCAAACGCUCAGAUCGGGACUUGUUAAAUGAAGCGGACAUGGAUAAAACCGGUUGUGGGAUACAUGCGGUUUACCAUUUAUUCCUUCUGUGGCUCUCACUUUGCCCUUUGUGCUCUCAGGGAAGUUGGAUGUGGUUGGGCAUCACAUCUGUAGGAGUGCACGAGAAGUUGGGUUGCGCACAUUUGCCCCUGUCGCAUAAGCAAAAGGAGCUGUGCGCGCGCAAACCUCACCUUCUACCGAGCAUUAAAGAGGGCGCGCGCCUGGGCAUCACCGAGUGCCAGACGCAGUUCAGACACGAACGCUGGAACUGCUCGACCCGACGGGACCCCAACGUGUUCGGCUACGAGCUCACCAGUGGUACAAAAGAGACAGCGUUCAUCUACGCAGUAAUGGCUGCCGGCCUGGUUCACGCAGUCACCCGCUCUUGCAGCGCUGGAAAUAUGACGGAGUGUUCAUGUGAUAUGAGCCUUUUGGGCAGCGGUUCGCCCACGGAGGGGUGGCACUGGGGCGGGUGCUCCGAUGACAUCGCCUUCGGGACUUUGUUCAGCCGGCGCUUCAUCGACAAUUCGAUAAAGAACAUAUCAGGCCGUGGUGAGGAUGCCCUGCUCACUAUGAACCAGCAUAACAGCGAGGCUGGGAGACAGGCGGUGGCCAAAACAAUGUUGACAGACUGCCGCUGUCACGGCGUGUCGGGUUCUUGUGCGGUAAAAACGUGUUGGCGCACAAUGGCUGCCUUCGAGCGCGUGGGCGUCUACCUAAAGGAGCGCUACGAAAACAGCGUUCAGGUGGUGGACCGUUCUAAGCGUAAGGUGCGACGUAAGGACAAAGACCAUCGCCACACGCCUAUUAGCAAAGAAGAGUUAAUCUUCUUCAAUAAAUCGCCUAAUUACUGCUUGGAGGACCGGCGCUUGGGCGUGACGGGGACCAGGGGCCGCAGGUGUAACAGAACUUCAGCCGGACCGGACGGCUGUAACCUGCUGUGCUGUGGGCGGGGCUACAACACACACGUGGUGCGACACGUAGAGCGCUGCGAGUGUAAGUUCGUCUGGUGCUGCUACGUUCGCUGUCGCCGCUGUGAGACGAUGAACGACAUGCACACCUGCAAGUAGAGCGGUUACUUGGGGAGGGAUCUCGUGAGAGGAAGUGGACCGCUUUUGCGCUCUCAGCCCCGUUGGGCCUAUACAAAUAAGCAUGUUGACAAAAUAACCAUAGCAACCGGCAAUUCAAAACCAGGGAGAAAUGGUAUAAUCCCUUUUAAGUCCACAUGCGUAACUCUUCCCAUGGGCUUCAAGCGGGAAUCAAGCCAUUUUGUAUAUAGUGACUGUGGAAUAUAACUGGAGCAUAAAGGGAACUAAAAUACAGCAGAAAAAGUGUAAAUAUAUGCUUUUGUUUGGGUUUGCAUUAAGGGCUCUUACAGUUAAUUAUGAAUUAUAGUGGGAAUUAUGUAGAGAAUAUACCAAGAUAUUUUUUAUACAAUGUUUUGCAAAUGAGAAUCCUUUGAAUAAAAGACAGAAAUAAUUCCCAAAAGAUGUAUUCUGCAAUUUUAGCUAUAUAUUUCACAAUAUAUGUGUACAUAUUAAAUUAUGAACAAUGGACGUGUGCUAUUUCAACUCAUUUUUGACAUAAUUAAACUUAAAUAAAAAUUUUUAGAGACCCUGUACAUUCUUUUUUGACUGCUGAUGUUUCUUCGUCUGCUCCUUACCCCCUAAACAAGAAAAACUAGUAUAAUUUCCAAAACUGUAGACAACGCAUGCAUUUUGCAAUGGCAGCUUUAGCGAUUUACAAUUUAAAUGUAUAUUUCAUUUUUCGAAUCAUGGUUGUUCGGUUCUUAUUUCUUGUGACUGAUUUUGUGUCUCAUUCCGUUCCUCUUUAGUUCUAAUCCCACACACACACAUCUCUGAAAGAGUAGUCCUUUGCUAGAAGUAACAGAGUUGUGCCAAAUACCGUGGCUGCAUUCUCUUAAACGGCCCUUAAAUGCUAAUGCAAGUGGUCCUUUUAUGUAGCCACAUUCCAGCCAACAGAACGGUGACAAUUUACGGCAACACACGUAGAACAUAUCAGAGAUCUUCUGUCCAGUGACAGAAGGAAAAAAUCCUGUGAGUUCUUGCACAUGCUGGCAAAUCUAUUAAAGUCUCUGGAAAGUCUCGCUCAUGCUGCAUUUCGUGAUUUCACUCUGAAUGCCUGCUUGUUCAUUCUCAUGUGGUUGUAUUUACCGCUGAGUGGAAGUUGCAUCAAGCUUUCUUAAAAACCUUUUUUUUGUCUGUGUAUAAUCACUUCAGAUUAUUUUCUACACUGACUCUCGCAAAGACUCUCA